AUGACGGCUGCUCUGAGUGCGAUGCAGAAGGCUACGGAAGCAGAGAGCAGAGCCAACUUGACCGCGGAGAAGGCGCUGGCCGCUGUGAAGCAAACACAAGAGGUGACAGCUAGAGCAAAGGAGGCGGCUAGUGAAGCCUCUGCGGCCGCGACAAACUCUGAGGUAGCAGUAAAGACUGAAGAGGCAGUGAAGAUGCUUACAAAAGCAGUUGAGAGCGCAGUGGAGGCUGCAAAGAAAGCAAGAGAAACUGCCGCGGAGGCCCAAGAGGUUGCUUCAAAAGCAAAGCAGUCGUCUCUACACGCCAAGGGGGCGAGUGAUGAAAUUAAAAAAGCGGCCAAUGCAGCGUCGCACGCUGUGCGCUUAAAGCCACUCGGUGAUGUUGGUUCUUCAUACGAUGCUUGGUUGUUUAUUGAUAACGCAGUGCGCUAUAAUCGUUUGGCUCUCGGCCUCGCGAACGAUACAAAGAAUGGUGCUGAUGAAACAACGUUGGCCGCUCAGAAUAUGGCGACCUUUGCAGAGAGCCUGAAGAAUGAAUACGAUGCAGCCCUUCAACACAUUGCCAGUGGAAAGGCGGCUCUUGAUGCUGCGCGGGAGAAGUCACAGACUGCGUUGAAACUACAGACUGAAUUGCAAAACCUGAGAAAGCAGCAGCACGUCACCGAAGACACUCACGAGACAUCACCUAUGAAGGGGACGUUAAAGGAGUCAUCAGCUGAUGUCACUUCGACAGAUACUGGUGGCACUAUGGACUCUAUUGGUGAAUCACAGAAGAACUCAACGCCAGAAUCUUUGAGAAAAUUGCCCGGGAAGGAAAAUGACGACACAGACAGAAAUAAGGAGGUUACAGAUCCUUCACUAUCGGGUGCCGCUGGAACUCCCGUAGUGGAUGGAACUGAUGGGACACUCGUUUCGACAGGAGGUGCUCAACAUGGAAGUGAGACUCAGCCUUCUUCGCAUUCGAGUGCAUCCGAGAAAGGUACAAUGAGGCCACAGCAUGCGGAAGGGGGUGGGGAUGGCACCAGCCGCCCUUCGUGGGUGCGUGCACCGCUGCUGCUGGCGUUGGUGGUGCUUGCCUCCCUUGCUGUGUGCUGA